UGAGGUCAGCUUGUGGGCUCGGAAAUAUUGUUUUGGCGCGUAAAUUGUGUAGAAAGGACUAUUUCUUUUCCACAUAAUGGGAAUUCAGGGGCUUGCGAAAUUACUGGGUGACAUUGCUCCCUCAGGAAUAAAAGAAAAUGAAAUAAAGAACUAUUUCGGUCGGAAAAUCGCGAUCGAUGCUUCGAUGAGUAUUUACCAGUUUCUAAUCGCUGUCAGAAGUGAUGGCAGCCAGCUGACAAACGAAGCUGGAGAGACAACUAGUCAUUUGAUGGGUUUGUUUUACCGAACAAUACGGAUGGUGGAAAAUGGCAUUAAACCAGUGUAUGUCUUUGAUGGCAAACCACCUCAGCUGAAAUCUGGAGAGCUUGCGAAGAGAACAGAAAGAAGAGAGGAGGCGCAGAAGGCCUUGUCAAAGGCAGAGGAAGCGGGUGACACUGAAAAUAUUGACAAGUUCUCCAGGAGACUGGUUCGUGUGACAAAGGAACACAAUGAAGAAUGCAAACAGUUGCUUAAGCUUAUGGGAAUACCAUACGUUGAGGCUCCAUGUGAAGCAGAAGCUCAAUGUGCUGCCCUUGUGAAGUCAGGAAAAGUGUAUGCUACCGGGACGGAGGACAUGGAUGCCUUAACAUUUGGAACGACUGUGAUGCUAAGACAUCUUACAUUUAGUGAGGCAAAGAAAAUGCCCAUCAAAGAAUUCCAUCUUCAGAAUGUUUUGAGUGAAGCUGGUUUAUCUCAAGAUGAGUUCAUAGACUUGUGUAUUCUACUUGGCUGCGAUUAUUGUGACUCAAUCAAGGGGAUCGGGCCGAAGAGGUCUGUGGACCUGAUAAGACAGCAUCGCUCUAUUGACAAGAUCCUGGAAAAUAUUGAUACAAGUAAACAUCCACCCCCUGAGAACUGGUUGUAUAAGGAGGCUCGUGAACUGUUUAAAAAUCCUGAAGUCCGAAACCCCGAAGAAAUUGAGCUAAAAUGGGAGGAACCUAACGAGGAAGCGCUUGUUACCUUUAUGUGCCAGGAGAAAGGAUUCAGCGAGGACAGAAUUCGGUCAGGAAUCAAGAAACUCACCAAGGCUCGCCACGGCUCCACCCAAGGGCGACUGGACUCGUUCUUUAAAGUGCUUCCAUCGCCAGCAAACAAACGCAAGCUCCAAGAUGGUAAAGGGUCUCAGAAUAAAAAGGCCAAGACUGGUGGGAAGUUCAAAAGACCCAAGUAACUUGCAAUUACAGUUUCUAAAAAGAAACUCAGCCUUCGUUUUAAAGCGGACGAGUGUUGGUGAAACACAGGGACGAGUGGUUACAAGCGGUUGAAGGCCUGGUUACUUUUUAGGAAAUGCGAGGAACUGAAUAGGUGAUGUUCAGACAUUAUUAGGGAGGGGAGGGGGAGCAAGUCUUUGAAGCCUUAUGAAGAAAGGAAGGGGGUAUUAGAUACUGUAACAAAUCUUUUUUCAAAUGUGAAGUUCCAGAAGAUAUCAAUACCCCCCCCCCCCCCCAUUGAGGGG